AUGAGGUGGCUCAAAUACUCUGAAGAUUUGGAUGUUCCUGGAACCUCCAUCUUGGUUGACGAAACAAAAAAACUUGUUGCCGCCGAGGAAACAGAUGAUCACAUUGUCUACAUUCCUCAACCCAGCGAUAGUCCUCUGGACCCAUUGAGAUGGUCUGGAGCUUGGAAAUUGAUACACUAUUCGGUGUGUCUUAUUUUCGUGUUGGUUGCUGCUGCCACUGCCUCGUGGAAUGGUAUCUUGUAUGAUAUCUUUGUUUAUGAGUUUGGUGUCUCAUACAACCAGCUCAACACUGGGUCCGGUUUAUCGUAUUUGUUCUUGGCUUUUGGCUGUUGGUUCACCCAAAUCAGUGCCAAUGUUUUUGGCAGAAGACCAACUUACUUGUUUUUCACGGUGUUGGUCAUUUUAGCUUCUAUUGUGUUUGCUGCUCGCAAGAACUAUUCUGGCUACCUUGUGUACAACAUCUUGAACGGUUUGGGUGUGGCCCCUAUCGACACUUUGGUCCAAGUAACUAUCGGAGAUGUUUUCUUCUUGCACCAGCAUGGACGAUUGAUGGCUCUUUACACCUUGUGCCUUGCCACCGGAUCGUCUUUCGGUCCUAUCAUUACUGGAUACAUUUCGUCCCACGGUGAUUGGUCAUGGACAAACUACACCAUCAUUAUCCUAAUGUCUUUCAUAUUGAUCUGCCAAAUCUUAUUUAUUCAAGAAUCUUACUUUGACAGAGAAUCUAGUGAAACAGCUCUAUCCAUGGUUGAGCUGCACAAGUCUCCCUCGGUUGAAAAGUCUCAACUCAAUGUCGAGACCCAGGAAAUCAAGCCAGAGUCGCUUCCAUUCUUACAAAGAUUGAAGUUCAUGAGACCUCGAUCUCCUAUUGGUUCCAUCUUCAAGUUAGUUAUUGCCCCAUUUAAAACUCUCAGAUACCCAGCUGUUGCUUGGGUUGCCGUGGCUUAUGGGUUGCAAAUGUGCUGGCUCUCUUUGUUGAGCUUGACUGUGGCUCAGUUCUUCGCUUCUCCUCCAUAUUUGUUCUCUACUGCGGCCAUGGGUAACACCUCGUAUGCUGGUGUGAUCGGCUCAAUCAUUGGUCCUAUCUACGUCUCAUUUAGCGACAAGUAUUGUAUCUGGAGAGCAAAGAGAAACAAUGGUAUCUUGGAGCCUGAAUUCCGACUUGACUUUAUGUGGUUACCACUCUUGAUCAACACUCUUGGCUUAUUAUUGUAUGGAUUCUGCCCUUACUAUCAGUGGAAGUGGAUUGUUGGAGUUAUUGGUAUCGGUUUUAUCAACUUUGGCAUCUGUACCAUCACUUCGUGUAUGUUGACCUACGUGUUGGAAUGUUAUACUGACCAGGUCACCGAUACAAUGUCCUCGUUACUUUUCAUUAGAAACAUUGUGGGUGCAAUAUUUAACUGGGUCUUCCAGGACUGGCUAGAUGCCAUGGGAAUCAAGAACUUUACAAUUUUGAUGGCUGUUUUGUGUGUUGUGAUCAAUGGCUUUGGCUUUAUUUUUGUUAUCUAUGGUAAGUCUUUCAGAAAAUUGACUGCUAAGUGGUAUGUUGAAGCUUCACAGCAUUUAUAG